AAAACGCAAUUGCGCGACGUGUGACGCGCACAGCUCGCGAGGGUUCUUCUGUUACACGUGCCAACCCGCAGCCGCAGCGCUUGGGAGCGUCGCUGCUUAGCUGGAGUAGAGGCCACCCCCACAGCUGGGCAAGAUGGCAGCCGACGAGGCGGCCGCGGCCGCGACGACGGACCAGCCCUCCAUGACCAAGGACGAGGCGCCGGACUGGGUCCCGAACCGGGCCUUCCUCGACGCCUGCGCGAGCCUCGGCCUCGAGAAGCCGCCGUCGCUGCUCACGGACACGCCGGCCUACGAGCCGCCGAGGCCGCGCGAACCGGAGGAACCGGAGCCCGACCCGGAGCCGGUGCGCGCCUCGGACGCGUUCGGCGGCGUGCGCGCGAUGCUGGAGGCGACGGACCCCGUCGAGCGCGCCGUGACGGCCGCCAUGGCCGCGAAGCAGCGGGCCAACGCGGCCCUGAAGGAGGGCGACGCGGCCCUGGCGCGCAAGCGCUACCUCGCGGCGCUCUGCGCGCUCGACGAGGUCGCCGGCCGCGCGCGCCAGGUCCUCAUCGCGCGCAAAGUCUUGAGACGGGACGAAGACGACGUUCCGGAGACGCCGCUGCAGGCCGCGGCGCGCGAAUCUUUGCUGUUGGAGGCGGAGCUGCGCCUGAACCUCGCCCAGGCCUGCCUGACCUGCGGCGACGCCGCCGCGGCCCUCGGGGCCUGCGACGCGUACUUCGCCCUCAAGGACGCGCCCGAGUCAAACGCGCGCGACGCCAAGGCGCACUUCCGCGCCGCGCGCGCGCUCGAGGCGCUGGACCGCCUCCAGGAGGCCGAGGGCCACCUGCGCGACGCGGCGGCGGCGGCGCCCGACGACCGCGGCGUCGCGGCGGCGCUCCGGCGCGUCCGCGCGGCGCGCGCGGCGAAGCGGAAGCACGUGCCCAAGGCGUCGUUUCGGGGCGUGCUGCUGUCGUGA